UAUUUUUUUUUUAAAUUCAAGUUUUAAGAUUUGAGUUUAUUGUUUACGUCGCAGCUAAUGUAAACCUAACCUCGCUCCAGCAAACCUGCGAAGAACCAUUCACUUCCACCAAUAGUUUCAUCGUGGUAACGUUGGACAAGUACGCCUACAGCUGCUGCUGACAUUGAUAAACCAGAGAAGAAUACCAUAGGGGUCGUCUACGCUUUCUCUUGAAAUAGUUUCUGUUCAUUUCUAUAUACAUCUUCGUAUAGAAAAAACAGAGGACGAAACGACACUAAUUUAAGUGCUUUCUGAACACCUAAAGUACCUUGAGGGAACAGGAUUGCUUGUGCAGUGGUCAAGAGGCUUUUCGUUGUUUUUGAGUUACAAAGAGCCGACAAGAAGACAUAAAAAUGCCAUUGAUUUUGGAACAGAACAUGAACAUUAGCGAGUCGUUGCGUACGACGGACUUGUUGAACAGACUCAGUCCGGCUGAGUCUGUUUCUACGUGGUCUUCCUGUGGGAAGUCUCGUGAGGCAAUUCGUGAGUUACUGGAGCAAAAAAUCUCUGAAUCCGAGGUAAAUUCGGCAACUGGGGAGAUGAGGGAUGCCGAUGCAUUCUUCGUUGCUGACCUCGCGGAGGUAUAUCGUCAACUGGUGAGAUGGCACACAAACCUUCCCCGUGUGCAGCCGUUUUACGCAGUGAAAUGCAACCCAGAUCCUCGCGUGUUGGCCUUAUUGGUAAAGUUUGGAACGGGGUUUGAUUGCGCCUCUAAGGGUGAGCUGCAGCAGAUCUUGAGUCUCGGUGUUUCACCAGAACGGAUCGUGUAUGCUAAUCCGUGCAAAGCAAUCAACUACAUUCGGUACGCCCGUAACAAUAAUGUCGACUUUAUGACAUUCGACAACACGGAAGAGCUGUACAAGUGCAAACAACAUCAUCCCAAUGCUCGUUUGUUGCUUCGCAUUUCGACGAAUGACGAGAAUAGCAUUUGUCGUUUGAGUCUGAAGUUUGGAGCACCCAUGAGCGAGACGGAAGAACUGUUGCGUGUUGCUAAGACGCUUGACCUGAACGUUGUCGGUGUUAGUUUUCAUGUGGGUUCUGGUAACCUUGAUCCAGCAUCGUUUAUCGAUGCAAUUUGUCGAUCACGUGUAGUUUUCGAUCAAGGUGAACGCUAUGGCUUUCAUUUCAACACACUUGACAUUGGCGGCGGGUUUAUGAGCGACUCGUUUGAGCAGACGGCUGCUAUUCUUCGCGAGCAGUUGGAUACUCACUUUCCCGCAAACGUUCGCAUCAUUGCCGAACCCGGUCGGUUCUUUGUCGCUACAGCGUUUACUUUAGCGGUAAACGUCGUAGCUAAAAGACGGAUUCCCGAAGAGAACAAGGUGAUGUAUUAUGUUAACGACGGCGUCUACGGCAGUUUGAACUGUAUUUUAUUUGAUCAUCAACAUCCGGUCGCCCGAGUUUUAAAGCACGCAGGUCGUAUGUGUUACAACCAGUAUGUGGGAACUGGUGACCACGUGUGCUCAAUCUGGGGUCCUACGUGCGACUCGUUGGACGUAAUUGCUUCUGACGCUCGAUUGCCUUUUGAACUCGAAGUCGGUGACUGGAUUUACUUCGACGAUGCCGGUGCAUAUACAGUAGCUGCUGCUAGCUCCUUCAACGGAUUCCAAACCAGCAAAGUUGAGUAUGUGUCAACAGACCUUGUUUAGUUUAGUUUCUGUCAAUAUGGACGCUUGUCCGUUAGCCUAUAUCAUGUUUAUUCUCGUUUUCCUAUACUGAUUCCAAUCUAUGGACGGCGGUGCAGGUAAAUAAAGUUUCAACCGCAUUACACUGCCAUAAGAUACACAUUCAAAUACCUGACCACACUUCCCUGCCAACGCGCUAAGCUAUCAAAAAUUUAUUGC